AUGGCAAAACAUCAUCCUGAUUUAAUAUUUUGUCGCAAACAACCAGGUGUUGCAAUUGGCCGUUUAUGUGAGAAGUGCGACGGAAAAUGUGUUAUUUGCGAUUCCUAUGUAAGACCCUGUACUUUAGUUCGCAUAUGCGAUGAAUGCAACUAUGGUUCAUACCAAGGUAGAUGUGUGAUUUGUGGUGGAGCCGGCGUUUCUGAUGCCUACUAUUGCAAAGAAUGUACCACACAAGAGAAAGAUCGUGACGGUUGUCCGAAAAUUGUUAAUCUUGGAAGUUCUAAAACGGAUCUUUUCUAUGAGCGGAAAAAGUAUGGAUUUAAACAAAAGUAGGUGCAAUU